AUGGUAAAAGUAACAUUAAAAUGGGGUACCUAAUAAAUAGAAGCUGAGUUAAAUAUAGAAGGAAAUUUAGAAGAAUUCCAAAAAAAUAUAUAUUAACUAACCUAAGUUCCACCAUAAAGCUAAAAAAUAAUAUAUAAGGGAACAUUAUUUAAAGAAGGUAUUAAUUUUUCGAAAUUAAAAAUCGAAAAUGGAGCUAAACUGACUUUAAUGGGAGCACCUGAAGAAAGAUAAAUAAAAGAAUUAGACCCAUCAAAAAUUAAGUAAUUUAUAGAAGAAAUGACCCCUGAAUAAAUAUAAAAAGCAUAUAAAAUUAAGACUGGAUAAGUUUUACCUGUUGGAUUAGCGAAUUUAGGUAAUACAUGUUAUAUGAAUAGUUCAAUAUAAUGUUUAAGAAAAAUAAACGAAUUAAAAAAUUUCAUGUUAUAAAAGAAUCUACCAUAAGUUUAGUCAUUAGAAAGUAAAUUGGGAUAUUCAUUAUAGAGUUUAUUUAAAGAACUUGAAAAGGGAUAAACAGUUUAACCUUUUAAUUUUGUGUCUAAUUUUAUGAGUGUUUUUCCUUAGUUUGCUGAAAAAGCAUAGGGAGGAGAAUAUAAAUAAUAAGAUGCAGAUGAGUGCUUUUAAAAUAUUGUUUAAUGUUUAGAACCUUUGACUAAUUAUGAAGAUGAAUUGGGAAAUAAAACUAAUUUAAUUAAAGAUUUAUUAUAAAUUGAUUUCGAGGUUAAAUAUAUUAAUAAUGAUAAUCCUGAUGAUUAUUAAAUAAAAACAGAAACUGCUAAAAAAUUAAUGUGUACAAUUGAUAAUUAAAAUAAUCCUAUAAACUAAUUAACAGAAGGAAUAAAUAUUUCUUUAUAAGAAACAGUUUAAAAAAAUUCAUAAUUAGAUAAUUAAACACAUUCUUUUUCUAAAAUUACUAGAAUUAAAAAAUUACCUAGUAUUCUUUCUAUUUAAAUGGUUAGAUUUUUCUGGAAAUAAAAAUCAGAAAGCUCAGGUACUGAAGCUACAAAAUCUAAAAUAUUAAGAAAUGUUGCUUUUCCAAGAGUAUUAGAUAUAUAUCCAUAUUGUUGUGAAGAAUUAUAAAAAGUACUUGAUAAAGGAAAGGAAUAUGAGAAAAAUUAACUUGAAGCUAAUUCAAAAAUAGACAAAUUUGAAUAAUAUAAAUAAAAACUAGAAUAAGAAGGAAAAAUGAUUCCAGAAGAUACUAAAACUCUUUUUAAAUAAUUUAAAGAGGAAAAUGCCGAAGAAGAAAUUAAAAAACAUGAUAAUGAUUUAUAUAGACAACAUGGAUAAGGACUUGAAACUGGAGCUUAUGAAUUAAUUGCUGUUUUAACGCAUCAAGGAAGAAGUGCAGAUUCAGGACAUUAUGUUGCUUGGGUUCAUUUAUCUGGAGAUACUUGGUGUUAGUAUAAUGAUAAUAUUGUUACAGAACAUAAUAUCAGCGAAAUAAUGGAUUUAAGAGGAGGAGGAGAUAGACACAUGGCUUAUUAUUUAAUUUAUAGAAAAUUAGAAGUUUUAUGA